GGAAGCGUCGGCGGGGCCGAGCGGGCAGCCGGAGCCGCGGCCCCCCGAGCCCGCCCGGGGCCUGCGGGAGCAGCAUGGCCGCCAGCCUGUGGAUGGGGGACCUGGAGCCAUACAUGGAUGAGAACUUCGUUUCAAGAGCCUUUGCCACCAUGGGAGAACUUGUUCUGAGUGUAAAAAUCAUCCGAAAUAGAUUGACAGGAAUUCCAGCAGGGUACUGCUUUGUAGAAUUUGCAGAUCUGGCUACUGCAGAGAAGUGUUUACACAAAAUCAAUGGAAAACCGCUUCCUGGUGCCACACCAUCAAAGCGAUUUAAACUGAACUACGCAACAUAUGGAAAACAGCCUGAUAACAGUCCAGAAUACUCACUCUUUGUGGGAGAUCUGACCCCUGAUGUGGAUGAUGGCAUGUUAUAUGAGUUUUUUGUUAAAGUUUAUCCAUCAUGUAGAGGUGGCAAAGUUGUUUUGGACCAGACUGGAGUUUCCAAAGGUUAUGGGUUUGUGAAAUUCACGGACGAGCUGGAACAGAAAAGAGCUCUGACAGAAUGCCAAGGGGCUGUGGGAUUGGGCUCUAAACCCAUACGCUUGAGUGUGGCCAUACCAAAAGCUAACCGUGUGAAGACGGUGGAGUACAAUCAGAUGUACAACUAUAAUUAUAACCAGUAUUACCAACAAUAUCAGAACUACUAUGCCCAGUGGGGAUACGACCAGAACACAGGCAGUUAUAGCUACAGCUAUCCCCAGUAUGGAUACACACAGAGCACCAUGCAGACAUAUGAAGAAGUUGGUGAGGAUGCAUUGGAAGAUCCAAUGCCUCAGAUGGACGUGACAGAAGCAAACAAACAGUUUAUGGAACAGAGUGAAGAACUCUAUGAUGCCUUGAUGGACUGUCACUGGCAGCCUUUGGACACUGUCUCUUCAGAGAUUCCAGCCAUGUUAUAGCCUCAUUGCAGAGGCAUUGUCUCUACACAACAAGCCAGCGGGCACCAGACUCCUACGCUGCCCUUGGAACCUGCAGUAGUGAAGGGAUGGCCCCUCUUCCACCCAGGUCUCGGACUCAAAGUACAGGGAGACUGUGGCAUUUCCUGUACACAAUGAGUAUUGGAGGAGCAUCGUGGUAGCUUUUAUUCAUGGUGAAAAUUAGAACUGCAACAGUUUUAUUCCUUUGGUCUCGAAAUGAACUCUUAAUACUUCUUGGGGAAUUGUAAUUUAUAAACUUUAAACAAGAUGGCACAGGGGAAAGACUCUUCUCCAAUAUACAAUAAAAAAAAAUUGGUCUUUUAAGUAAAAUUAUCCUUUGCAUUUUG